UAAACAAUGGGAGACUGGAACUUCCUUGGAGGGAUCUUGGAGGAGGUGCAUAUCCACUCCACCAUGGUCGGCAAGAUCUGGCUGACCAUCCUGUUCAUAUUCCGGAUGUUGGUGCUGGGCGUCGCGGCAGAGGACGUGUGGAACGACGAGCAGUCAGACUUCAUCUGUAACACCGACCAGCCCGGCUGCCGCAAUGUCUGCUACGACCAGGCCUUCCCCAUCUCCCUCAUCCGCUACUGGGUGCUCCAGGUGAUUUUUGUGUCCUCGCCCUCCCUCGUGUACAUGGGUCAUGCCAUCUACCAGCUGCGAGCCCUGGAGAAGGAGCGCCACUGCAAGAAAGUGGCUCUCCGUCGGGAGAUGGAGGCAGUGGAUGUGGAGCUGGUGGAGGUGCGGAGGAGGAUUGAAAAGGAGAUGAGGCAGCUGGAGCAGGGGAAGCUCAACAAAGCGCCUCUGAGGGGUUCUCUGUUGUGCACUUAUGUGGCCCACAUUGUCACUCGCUCAGUGGUGGAGGUCAGCUUCAUGAUGGGUCAGUACAUCCUCUACGGACACCACCUGAGCCCUCUUUACAAGUGUGAAAGGGAGCCGUGCCCAAAUGUGGUCGACUGCUUCGUCUCCAGGCCCACUGAGAAAACUGUUUUCAUGAUGUUCAUGCAAGCAAUUGCCUGCAUCUCCCUCUUCCUCAGCCUUCUUGAGAUCAUGCACCUGGGAUUCAAGAAGCUUAAGAAAGGGAUCCUGGACUACUACCCACACCUGAAGGACGAUCUCGAUGAUUAUUACGUCAACAAGUCAAAAAAGAACUCGGUUGUGCAUCAGGUUUGCAUGGGCACGUCUGUGAGUCGCAAGACUACUAUUCCCACAGCACCAUGUGGAUACACAUUACUGUUGGAGAAGCAGGGCAAUGGACCCACCUACCCACUUCUCAAUGCCUCCUCUGCUUUCGUCCCAAUACAAGGAGACCCUGGCGCAAAGCCAGAUAGCCACAGGGAUGGCAAGGAGGGAGUGCCGAGCCCCACGGAGCAAAACAGCAACUCCAACAACACAAGCAGUGAGACACGCUCUCCUCCUGCAGACAAACAGGACGAGCCAGAGGAACAAUCUUCACCCCAUCGUGAGGACAUGGAGUGUGCGAGGUCUGAGUACCCCACCCUCCCUGUAGCAGACACCUCCUCCUGCACAACGCUGUCAGGCAUUGCGAGGAAGUCACGGAGGGUCAGUCCGCCCUGGAACUGCUCCACUCUGGUAGAGGGGAACGGCUCGGACAGUGGAGAUUCCUACCACGGGAACAGCAGCAUGAAGCUACGUAGCAGCUGCGUUGGCCCCCGAGCGAGGGUGCUCUCUAAAUCAGACAUUAAGAGACCGAGCAGGUCCCAGAGCCCAGACUCUGCGGGGGAGCUGAGCUCUGUAUCUCGACACAGCCGCGAGAGUAACAGCCCCACCGCCUCCUCGCCAAACCGCAGAGUGUCAGCGGCGAGCAGUGCCAGCAGCAGACGAGCUCCAACUGAUCUGCAGAUAUAA